CUCCUUGUUGAUGGGUAAAGCUUAUAGGUGUUGGGGCUCCCAGAUCUGGUUUGGAAGUGAGGUUGCAGCCUGGGCUGCGGGAGGGGGAAGUGCAGAGGUAGGUAACGCGGGGAAAUGCUGAGGGCAGUGGUUAUUCUGGGGCCAUGAGGAUUGGAGGGUACCCUAAUGUGACACCCAGCCUUGUGCAGGGGAGUCAGAGCCUCCAAAUGCAUUGAGCUCAGUCUCCCGGUGGUUUCGGACAGUGGAGGUGGGAGGGCCGGAGAGGAGGGUACAGAGGUCCUCUGAGCCCAUGGAGCCUAUUCUCAGGAUUGUGGCAAUUGGAGGAUUGGCCAUGGAGUUGGAAGUUAAUUUGUAUGUUUCCAGAGGGGUGGGUAUGGGCUGAUGCGUCCUUUCUCCCCAGGGAUUUCUGGCCAGCAGCCUGAAAUCACAGGACUUUGUUCCGUGUGCCCUGUGAGGGAAGGAAGGAGGUCUUCCCACUUUGAACCUAGUCCUGGACACUCCACACGCUUCCCUUCAGAGAACUGGGUGGAGGGACGAGGCUGGUCCAGGGAGGAGGAGGAAUCUGGGGGCUAAAGCUGGCCACUGGGACUCUAUAUCUGGAGCCUAGUAACCAGCUUAGCUCCUCACAUGGCAGGAAGAUUAGGAGUGCAGGGUCUUAGGACUCCUCUUUUCCUUGAUGGACGACAGCAGCUGGAGGGAAGUGUUCUGAGGGGCUUUGGAGCUAGAGACUGAUGCCCAGGUUUGCUCUGAAGGGCAUGAGUCACCCAGGGCCACCGGGGGAAUUAAUGGAAAGCCUCCUUUGCCAAGUGAUUUUAUUUAAACCCAUGGUCCUCCAACUGGGACCUGGACUCUCAGGGGAUGAGAGGAAUGUUCUGACCAAGUUCUGGAGAAGGAUGCUGGGGUCCUCUGGGGUGUAUCAUGCUCAGGUGCCUUCUUCAUCCCCUACCUCAUCUUCCUCUUUACCUGUGGCAUUCCUGUCUUCCUCCUGGAGACAGCACUGGGCCAGUACACUAGCCAGGGAGGCAUCACAGCCUGGAGGAAGAUUUGCCCCAUCUUUGAGGUUUUCCCCUCCAGGCAUCGGCUAUGCCUCCCAGAUGAUUGUCAUCCUCCUCAACAUCUACUACAUCAUUGUCCUGGCCUGGGCCCUCUUCUACCUCUUUAGCAGCUUCACCAUCGACCUUCCCUGGGGAAGCUGCCACCAUGAGUGGAACACAGACUCCUGUGUAGAGUUCCAGAGGACCAAUGGCUCCCUGAAUGUGACCUCUGAGAAUGCCACGUCUCCUGUCAUCGAGUUCUGGGAGAGGCGGGUCCUGAAGAUCUCCGAUGGCAUCCAACACCUGGGGGCCCUGCGUUGGGAGCUGGCCUUAUGCCUCCUGCUCGCCUGGGUCAUCUGCUACUUCUGCAUCUGGAAGGGGGUCAAGUCCACGGGCAAGGUGGUGUACUUCACAGCCACAUUCCCUUACCUCAUGCUGGUGGUCCUGUUAAUUCGAGGGGUGACGCUGCCUGGGGCAGCCCAAGGAAUUCAGUUUUACCUGUACCCAAACCUCACGCGUCUGUGGGAUCCCCAGGUAUGGAUGGAUGCAGGCACCCAGAUUUUCUUCUCCUUCGCCAUCUGUCUAGGGUGCCUGACAGCCCUGGGCAGCUACAACAAGUACCACAACAACUGCUACAGGGACUGCAUCGCCCUCUGCUUCCUCAACAGCGGCACCAGCUUUGUGGCCGGAUUUGCCAUCUUCUCUGUCCUGGGCUUCAUGUCUCAGGAGCAAGGGGUGCCCAUCUCUGAGGUGGCCGAGUCUGGCCCUGGCCUGGCUUUCAUCGCCUACCCCCGGGCUGUGGCGAUGCUGCCCUUCUCUCCUCUCUGGGCUUGCUGCUUCUUCUUCAUGGUCGUCCUCCUGGGACUGGACAGCCAGUUUGUGUGCGUAGAAAGCCUGGUGACGGCGCUGGUGGACAUGUACCCCCGUGUAUUCCGCAAGAAGAACCGGAGGGAGCUUCUCAUUCUCGGCGUGUCUGUCGUCUCCUUCUUUGUUGGGCUGGUCAUGCUCACAGAGGGCGGUAUGUACGUGUUUCAGCUCUUUGACUACUACGCAGCCAGUGGCAUGUGUCUCCUGUUUGUGGCCAUCUUUGAGUCCCUCUGCGUGGCUUGGGUCUAUGGAGCCGGGCGCUUCUACGACAACAUUGAAGAUAUGAUUGGGUACAGGCCAUGGCCUCUUAUCAAAUAUUGUUGGCUUUUCCUCACACCAGCCGUAUGCACAGCCACCUUCCUCUUCUCCCUGAUCAAGUACACGCCGCUGACCUACAAUAAGAAGUACACAUACCCGUGGUGGGGUGACGCCCUGGGCUGGCUCCUGGCUCUGUCCUCCAUGGUCUGCAUUCCUGCCUGGGGCUUCUACAAGCUCAGCACCCUCAAGGGCUCCUUCAGAGAGAGAAUUCGCCAGCUCCUGUGCCCAGCUGAGGACCUGCCUGGAUGGAACCGAGCAGAACCCUCUGCCCCCGCCACACCCAGGACAUCACUGCUCAUACUCACAGAAGUGGAGUCCCACUGCUAGGUCCGCAGGGCCUCGGAUUGUGCCCGUGGGCCUGGCUGUGGGGACAGCUGCAGAAGGGGAGGGCAGAAGCAGCCCCGCUGUGCUCUGCCUCCUCCCGGGGCAGAUGAGAAGGAGGGUUUGGAAUCCACCUUGGGUUGGGCGCCUGCCACUGGAACGUCUCUGCUCCAGGGGUGGCUGUACAGGUGUGAGAUGCUGGUAUCGAGGGCACCCCUUUCGCAACAGGCCUUGGGAAGCCGGAUGAGGGCCGGUGGGUGGAGUGACAGCCCCGUCCCUCUUACCCUUCAUUCCAUUAAAUCCAUGCUCUUCCCACCAACUGCCAGAGGCUCUGCCUGGUUCCUGCCCCUCUGCCUUGCGGCCUUGGCCACUUCCUCACUUUACAGCUGUGGCCUUAGCGGCCCCUCCCUCCUCUCUGUCUCUCCCUGCCUCAUUGAGUACUUGUGGACCAUGAGCAGAGGGGACUGCGGUGGUGAGAAGGGCAGUGGGGCCCAGCUGAGACCCUCCAUCCUCAGACACUCACACCAGAGGGGUCUGUCACAUUCUGUCCAUGCGUCUCCCACAGCCCCUUCCCUCCCUCCUUCGCUCGGUGGAAUAAGCCCGGCAAUGGAGGGAGGAACGAGGGCGGCCUGAGCCUUAGCUAGAGGAAAGCAGAGGAAAGUGUGGUUGGGCUUCUUCCCGCCCACAUUCCCCUUACCAUGUCCCUCCCUGACUCCACCUGCCAAACUUGUGAGUGCGAGCGCGGGUGCCUGCGGGGGGACGCGAGGGAGACAGCCAGGGACUGCAGCAGACCUGAGGCCGCAGGCAUGAGAAGCCCGGACAGAACGGGCACUACUCCAGUUCAGCCAGCAGAGGGCGCCCACCUCCAGAGGACCACCUCGCUUUUCUGCUCAGCGGACAGAUGCCAGGCGCGGCACCGCCGGACGUGGCCACCAGGGGGUGGCACUGCCAUGACCACAGCUCGCGGUCAGGGCUGGAGCUGCGCAGAUGAGCUCUUGGGGUCAGGCUGCAAAGAGAAUGCAAGUGGAGGAAGGCAAAGCCUGUCCUACCUCGGGGUCAGUGGCGUGGCCUGGUCCCCAAGUUCUACCACAGGUGUCUGCAGCCUAUACGUGUGGGGCUGCGUGGAGCUGGGGUGCACUUAUCUCUCGGGGUGUGUGUGUGUAAGUGCCUGAACACACACAGCUGCAUUUCUCCCUGAACAUGUGGAGGCUUUGGGGUCGGCCGGUGUCCCCACCUCUGUUCAGAUGGUCCUUCUGGCGUUGUUCUGGGGGAGUGCCUGGGAUUCUUGGAGCUGCAGACUGAGGGCACACAGCGUCCCCUGGGUGAUUUUCCUAGUUUGUUUUACAGGUCAGUUAGUGGGAAAAUGCACCGGAAUCUUUGCCAAUCUUCAGUUUUUUAUUUGUGGCUGUUGGGAGAACUCGUAAAAGUUGGUGAUCACGGCCCUUCUGUUGGUCGGUGUUGGCUGCUUCUUCCUGGACAAUGACUGGUUGGGCCUCCCUCAGGUGUGCCAGGUGGGAGAAGUCAGUCUGCUAGAGAAACAUGCUGCAACUCGAGACACCACACCCCUGGCAUCUUGCCCAUCUGACGAUAUUUCCAGAACACCUACUAUGUGGUGCUGUGCUAUACUCGUGACACAUGACACAGUGUCUUCAAUAAGAACUUGUGACAGAUGCUGUUUUUUUGAAGGAAAAGCAAACUGGGGUCUGGGAAGGAACUCGCUGGUUUAGAUGGGGCGGGCUGCGAACCCCGUGCUGACAGUGUGACAGCUGUCUCUCCAUCCAUCCAUGUGAUCACAGCUGCAAGCAUCUGAGGGAGGGGUGCCAGUGUUUCAGUAAUGGCGAUUUGAAUCCUAGUUAGAAGAUUCAUUAGUGGUGGAAUAUGGUGUGAAAAUAAUCCGUUGGCCUGAGCAUCAGGAGAUGUGGGGUCCAGUCCUGACCUGCUUCUAACUUGUCUUUGUGGAACUUACCCGAGAUCCAAUUUUAGUAUAUGUGCUGCCGAAGUGAGCACAGGAACUUACUUGGGAUUCAGAUCUUCAUGUUUUUCAGACGGAGGUAAUACUGUGCACCCGCAUGCACGCAGUCUUAUUGUAGGGCUCAAAUGAUGUCACGGGUGUGAGAGCCCUUUCAGUCCUCAGUGCCAAAUGGUGUGAGGUCAUUAAGCCAGUUGGGGGGACAGAUGAGGGGGAUAUGCUCUAAUAACCCAGGGCAUUGACAGGCAGAGACGUGAGAGAAAAGCCACUUGCCUGCGUCGGGGCCAGGAACAGGAGCAGGAACUCCUGAACGUCGCUUUAGCUGAGAUGGUGGGGCAGGGCCUGCUGUCUGUCCCAUCUGCUUUCUCUCCCUGCAAGGCCAGAUACCUGAUCCUGCAGUUCUCCAAGGAAAAAGACACAAAAAGAAGGGGACCCCUCUUGUCUAGCAGCCACACCUAUUAGGGAAGAAAGACAGGCGUGGGGAGCCCUGGGCAAGCGAUGGCUGAAUGGGGAGGGAGGAAGCCCAGCUCACUGGAGUUGUAAGCGGGGCCGUUACAGGCGGGGAAGCUGAGCCCACCAGGCUGCCUCGGAGCCUUGGAUCCCACACCUCAGACCUGGCGUAUGUCCCAGAUCCAUCCGUGGGCACACAGACACCCAGUCCUCUGUUACCCUCAGAUAAGUGUGCCCAACUGAGAUACACCACAGUCAGCCCAGUAGAGUCCCUCCCAGAGGCUUGCAGUCCCCGCUGGGGUCUGAGCCUUCUUACUUACCGGCUCUGUGACCUUGGGCCGGUUCACCGUUCUGGACCUUCACUUUCUCCUCUGUAAAAUGGAAAUAAUAAUACCUAGAUCAAUGUGUUGUUGGAGUCCACUGAAAGGUGUAGGGGAGAGCUGCCCCGGGGACACAUUCGAGCAAAUUCAUCCUCUUUCCUGUGGCUCCAGCCCCACGACGCUAGGCCACGAAGAGUUCAGAGGCAUCUUUGCUGUCCCUACCGCUUCUCCAGCCGCAGGCAUCAAGUCGUACUGGGCCCAGAAAAAGGCUACACAUUUAUGGGGCUAGGCGUUUUGCAAGGGUGUAAGGGAGAGGUAGCCCUAGAAGAACUCUGCAUCCCGUGGCCCCAGAGUCGGGCUUGGCACUAGCUGUAUUGUUCAGGAAAAGCGGGACCUGAGUCCUUCAAGCCCUAAUCUAUCCCCUGGUUCCAGGAGAGCAAUGGUUUUCCAGAAAAUGGAAAACUGGGAUGGAUUUUUUCCCUCAGCUUGCAUCCAUCCAUCCAUCCAUCCAAUGAACACUGAGUGUCUGCUCUGAGCCAGCACUGCAUUAAAUGCUGGAGGCAAAAACAAGGAAUUAUGAAGCAGUCCCCACCCUUUAGAUAUUUAUGCCCUAGGAAACAACACACUGCAGGAACAAAAGUUACAUGCUCACACAGUAGGUGCCAUGGCAGGCCUUCUAAAAGCAUGCAUGGGGUUAGAUGAAGGUGGUGAGGAGAACAUUUUAUGGGGUUCACAGUUCUCACUGCUGCAAGAUGACUGAGUCAUUUAACUGUAUUUCAUCUUGUCUCUGGACCCUCCCCAGUGUGGACACAGUCUUAGGUAGGCUUUCCAAGUAAUUUCAGGAUUCCUACCUUUUGUAAAGAUUGGGGUCUCUGGCCUCUGGGAGUUUACUAAUUGGUCUGAAUACCCAGUGGGGGUUGGAAGCUGCAGGGGCCAGGGUGGGCUUGAGUAAGGAUGGGCUCAAAGUGAAAAGGAGGCCAGAGCAAACAAGGCAGCUGUUCUACAAGUUGAAGGUAAGGUAGUAAGACUGCCUGUCCGUGCAUAGCCCCAGGUCCCUGCAGAAAGUCUGACACAUUGUAGGUAUGAAAUAAAAAAAAUUAUUUUAUUUAAAAAUUUUGUUAAUGUUUAUUUUUGAGAGAGAGAGAGACAGAGAGAGACAGAGAGAGACAGAGCAUGAGCUGGGGAGGGGCAGCGAGAGAGGGAGACACAGAAUCCGAAGCAGGCUCCCGGUUCUGAGCUGUCAGCACAGAGUCCAAUGUGGGGCUCGAACCAAUGAACCGUGAGAUCAUGACCUGAGCUGAAGUCAGAUGCUUAACCAACUGAUCCACCCAGGCGCCCCCAAUU